AUGUGGGGCCAUAUACACUCCCACAAUCCAUCAAGUAUGCAUCUAAAUACUCAUCGCCCAAGCUAUAGAGUUCCAAAGACAAUGCCACCAGGAAAUGAUUCUCUCUUCUUAUACAAUUUGACUCUCCAACCACCUUCUCUGGCACAUAAAUCUUUAGUGGGCCAGUUUUCUGGUCAAAAGAAAACGCAAGAAUUGGUACUUGCUACUUCUACCACAAUCGAAAUCUACAGACCUGAUACAGAGAAAGGAAAAUUGAGAAAGUUGAUGGUUCAACAUGCAUUCGCUAUUGUUCAAAACAUAGACAAAAUACGUUUGACGGGGACCCAGAAAGAUCUCCUAAUUAUUACAUCAGAUUCUGGAAAAGUGGUGGUGGCUGAAUUUAAUGAAGCCUUAUCUAAGUUUGUCCCCAUAGUUCAGGAACCACAUUCAAAGAAUGGACUCCGAAGGGUUACUCCAGGAGAAUAUUUAUGUGUGGAACCAGACAACAGAGCGGUUAUGAUUGCUGCUGUGGAACGAAAUAAACUAGUCUAUAAAGUCGAGAUGCAAAACGAAAGUGGCAUCCUUAAACUCUCGUCUCCUUUGGAAAACACCUCAAAAAACACAUUGACGCUCAACCUAUGUGCAUUAGAUACAAAUUAUGAAAACCCACUUUGGGCUGCUAUUGAGAUUGACUAUCUGAAUUAUGAAAAUAGAGAAUACGACUCUCAACUGUCACCCCUUCAGCUCAAUUAUUAUGAGCUAGAUCAGAGUCUCAAUCAUAUCAUUUUGAAAAAAAGCAAGCCUGAUAUCGACGCAUCUGCAAACCUAUUAAUUCCUCUUCCUGCUCCUGCUGGUGGGGUCUUAAUUUGUUGUAAGUCGUAUCUCAUCUAUGAGCUGACACCUGGAGGCACUAGAAAAUAUCUCCAGUUUCCAGUAAGACUGGAUACUUCUGAAGUAGUGAUAACAAACUUUUAUGUCCACAAGCUUAAAAAGAAAGAGUUUUUUGUUUUGGUCCAAUCGUCGCUCGGUGAUCUUUUCAAAAUUACUGUCAGUAUCGAAGGGGAAACGCUUACGGCAUUUUAUGCUACCUACUUUGAUACCAUCCCAGUCUGCACAAGCUUGAACAUCUUCAACAGCGGCUUUUUGUUUGCUAAUUCGACUGAUAAUAACAAGUUCUUCUACCAGUUUGAAAGCCUUGGCGAAGCAGAUGACACUACUACACUGUCAGUAAGCGAGAAGUCUGAUUUUCCCACAAAAACUUUCUUUGACUCACGAGGAUUGAAAAACUUAUCUUUGGUGGAGGUUUUGGGAUCUCUUUCUCCUCUAGUUGACAGUACAAUGCUUGAAACAUACUCAUCCGAAUUCCCAGAUCCACUUAAACAACUUGUCACACUUGCAUCUAAUUCAUAUAUGAAGACUUUGACCUAUGGUGUCCCUGUGUCUGAAUUGGUUUCUUCGCCUGUACCUAUCAACCCCACAUCUAUUUUCACAACCAAGAUCUCCAAGAAAUCCAUCAACGACGACUAUUUGGUUCUCACUUCAUCGCUUACAAUGAAGUCUAUGGUUCUUUCUAUAGGCGAAGUUGUGGAAGAAGUUAGUGAUUCGGGGUUUGCUCUUGAUCAACAUACAAUCGCUGUUCAACAAAUAGGUCAGCACUCUCUUGUUCAGGUCCACAAUAAUGGUAUUCGUCACAUACGUAACUUUUUCGACGACUCUGAUAACGUGACGAGCAAGAGGGAAACAAAUUGGUAUCCCCCUGCUGGAAUUGUUAUUCUUCAUGCUAGUACCAACAACGAGCAAGUAUUAGUUGGCUUAUCCAAUAGAGAAGUCUGUUAUUUUGAGAUUGAUCCAGCUGAUGAUCAGUUAAUUGAAUAUCAAGAGAGACUCGAAGUUACAGGAGGCUCCAUAACCGCCCUCGCAUUGGCUAGUAAGUUUGUUACAGAAGGGGACAGAAAGAGUAAUUUUGCUGUUAUUGGUACGUCAGAAGAAACCAUUCAAGUCAUUUCUUUACUUCCAAAGACCUGUUUUGAGAUAGUAACAUUGCAAGCACUUUCUGCAAAUUGCUUCUCACUUUUGAUGAUGCCAUUGGAUAAGGAUAACUAUUUUGUACACAUUGGGAUGAUAAACGGAGUAUACGCUCGUGUGAGGAUAGAUGUCGUCUCCGGAAAGCUCGGCGAUUCUAGACUUAAAUACCUCGGGACACAACCAGUAUCUCUAAGAAGUUUGGCUUUACCUAACGUUGCCCUGUCGGGUAUCCUAGCAAUUAGCUCGCGGCCAUGGAUUGGGUACUUCAAUAAUGAAUCCAACUUCAAAUUAACUCCUUUGAUUGAUAUCAGUAUUAAAGAUGGUUCAGCUUUUUACUCGGAAGAUAUUGGAAUAGAAAGUGUGGUCGGAAUUCGCGAUGGAGAAAUCACCAUUUUCACUGUGGGUGGUGAAGAAGGGGAGGGAUUCGAUGUAACAAAUGAUUUAACAAUAAGCCUGAUAAAGUUACGGUAUGCUCCUAGAAAGCAAUUGAAGGAUUCUCUUACUGACUAUUUUUUCGUUAUUGAAUCUGAGUUUGGUGUAAUCUCACCAUACCUAGAAUCCAAAGAAGUGGAUGCAGAAUAUUUCGAGGUUUUUGGAUACAAAAAAAAAGAAAACCUGUGGGCAUCUUGCUUGCAGAUCGUUGAUGUCGCUGGGUCUGGAAUAGAAUACACUCAUGAAUUUACUAACAACGAAUGCACUAUUUCGUUAGCCAGCAUAAAAAUUAGAGACGAGGAAUAUUUAAUAGUGGGUACAACAGAAAACUUAGUCUAUUCUCCACAUUAUUAUAGUGGGAAUUCCAUCUACACCUUUCGGAUAAAAAGGAACGCCAAAAAGAAACCUGAACUCGUUUACUUGCACAAAACUACUAUUGAAUUUCCUCCUUCAUCAUUGUGUGCUUUCAAUGAAAAGUUGCUAGUUGGAGCUGGUAAUCAAUUGAGACUUUAUGAUGUUGGUCGCAAACAACUCCUUCGCAAAACUUCGACGAAAAUCGAUUUUUUAAGGCGGAUCAACAAGAUUCAGCAUAUUGCAGGCGAUGUAAUUGUUGUAUGCGAUUCUAGCGAAUCGGUAUCUUUUAUGAGGUUCGAUCAAACAAAAAAUCAAUUCAUUGCUUUCUGCAAUGAUACGGCAAAAAGACAAAUCACUGCCUUAGAAGUACUAGAUUCUCGCACAGUGAUAGCCGGUGAUAGAUUUGGAAACAUUUUUGUUAGCAGGAUUCCGAAGAACGUCGCAGAGCAAUUAGAAAAUAAUGUCUUGAUGAAGUUUGAGGAGGAAACAUUAGGUGCAUCAAGCUCAAGGCUCGAUAAGCUUUGUGACUUUUAUACUCAAGACAUUGUAACUUCUUUGCAUAAAGGCUCAUUUGUUGUUGGGGGCUCAGAAAGCAUUAUCUAUACUGGUUUACAGGGUACGGUGGGCAUUUUACUUCCUUUGGCUACUACACAAGAGGUUGAUUUAUUAAUGAAACUUGAAAAUCUGCUCAGAGAUUAUUUCAAUGAUUCAUUUGACGACUUUGAUAACACAAAACAGGGAUUCAACUUAGUGGGUAGAGAGCAUUUAAAAUUUAGAGGCUACUAUAAUCCAGUCGAGAAUGUCAUUGAUGGCGAUUUUAUCGAGAGAUUUUUCGAGUUGAAUCCAAGUGCCCAAGUCAAACUAGCAGGACGAUUAGAUAAAAGUCCAAGGGAUAUCGAGCGGAAAAUUUACGACUUAAGAAAUAGAGCCGCUUUCUGA